AUGUUACACUCGACCAAGCGGGAAUUCUCUCUUCUCGGGCUAAGUCUCGGGCAACAUCCAGACCACGAACAGCAGAACUUGGAGUUUGCGACGGUCUUUAGAACUCUUGACUUCUUUUCUAGCAAGUUAUCAAAGCCGCCUUUCCCAGAACUGAUCUCAUACACUGCAAAUUGGCUUAAUCGGCGUUUGUUCAAGGUCACACUAGCCUGGAGUGAAGACGAUCAUGGCCCUAUCGGUUCUUUGGCUGGCAGCCUUGAUUGGGUUGGCAGUAAGCCUCAAUUUGCGAGGCAAACCUUCACUCAUCAUCCAGAUCUCACACAGAGAGCCGCAGUACAGAAGAUUGUCUCAUGGGACGAAAGGUCUCUUUUCAUCAAUGGAGAGCGAGUCGUUCUAUUCAGCGGCGAAAUCCACCCGUUUAGGUUGCCCAUUCCAACCCUGUGGUUGGAUUUAUUCCAAAAGCUCAAAGCAGUGGGCUUCAACUGUGUUUCCUUUUACAGGGAUUGGGCUCUUCUUGAGGCAAAACGGGGACAUUACAUAGCGGACGGUAUCUUUGACCUAAACCCUUUCUUUGACGCAGCGAAGCAGACUGGAAUCUACCUCAUCGCCCGCCCAGGCCCAUACAUCAAUACUGAGGUGUCUGGAGGCGGUUUUCCGGCUGGAUGCAACUUCCCAUCAAGUUACAUGAGAAACAUGGUCAAGACCAUAGCUCAAGCACAAAUCACCAAUGGAGGCCCCAUCAUCCUCUUUCAACCUGAGAACGAGUACAACGGAAAUUACAUGCAAUACGUCAUCAACCAAGCUCGCGAUAACGGCAUAUUAGUGCCAAUCAUUAGUAAUGAUGCCCAUCCGAGCGGCCAUAAUGCUCCAGGGACUGGUCCUAGCGAGGUGGACAUUUAUGGCUACGAUGCAUACCCUCUAGGUUUCAAUUCCGCGCGACCGGAGGACUGGCCCGCUGGUAAAUUACCGACCAACUGGGCAGAUCUUCACCUCCAGCAAAGCCCAAACACACCAUUUUCUAUCCUCGAGUUCCAAGGUGGCUCCUACGAUAUUUGGGGCGGGAAUGGAUACGAAAAGUGUGCAGAACUUCUCAACCAGGAGUUCACGAGAGCCUUUGGUGGCACCAACUGGGGGAACUUGGGUUACCCGUGGGGCUACACUUCUUAUGAUUACGGUGCAACUAUCGCUGAAGACCUCACAAUCACUCGCAAAAAGUGCGGCGACGCCAAGCUUUUGGGGUACUUCUUCUCCUCUAUCCCGGCCUACAGGGAAGCUGUGCCGCGAAGAGCAACAACAGCGCUGACGGCCACUGCCGACCUGACCGUCACGCCGCUCUCUGCCAAUGAGACUGGAUUCUGGGUGUUGCGUCAUACCGACUAUUCUCAGCGGAAGAAGACAGAGUAUGAAAUCACCCUUCCCACAAGGACAGGUAACAUAACGAUUCCGCAGCUAGUUGAGAAGCUGACCUUGAAUGGUCGGGAUUCCAAUAUUCUCACCACCGACCUGCAGCUGAGCGGUAACACCAAUCUUCGAUACUCAAGUGCCGAGAUCCUUGCCAUCACGGAAACGGGUGGCUGGCAAGUCCUCGUCUUGUAUGGCCGAGCCGACGAGCGUCACGAGUGCGCCAUUGACAUCCCGCGCAACGCAAAAAUCUAUGAGCAUCGUGAAGGCGCUGGGUCAUCCAUCAAAACCAAGAGGCAAGGUGGUUCUCUUGUCGUCGCUUGGGAUGCAGCAAAAGACCGUUCAAUUGUUGACGUUGGAAGCACACGGCUGGUUCUGCUUGGGAAGGAUUCUACCUACGACUACUGGGUCGUUGACUCGCAAAACUCUGGCCCGAAACAAAAGAUCAUCAUCAAGGGGCCAUACUUGGUUUGGAGUGUACGCGUGCAGGGUAACAGACUCGACAUCUCGGCAGACUUCAACCAGAUGACCACUGUAGAAGUAUUCGCCGUGCCCGCUCAAGUCAAGGAUCUAUUCAUCAACAACAGCGAGUUCAAGUACUCGGAACCCAUCAAGGGCGUUUGGUCAACGAAUGUCUCGUUCGAGGCGCCGCGUAUCAGUCUUCCCGACUUUUCCACUAGCAGCUGGAAAUUCAUUGACAGCCUACCAGAGGUGAAACCCGAGUAUGACGACGCUAGGUGGCCCGAGGCGGAUUUGCGAGACUCGCACAAUGACUAUCGCGCUCUCUCAACGCCAAGUUCUCUCUCCGUGUGGCUGAAUGGCACUUACUUGGGAUCAUCUAAGGUCAACGCUACAAGGCCUGACGCCAACACGACGUACGAAUUCCCCCGGUUGGAUCAAGGCCGCAGAUACACCCUCACUAUUCUUCAAGACAACCAAGGAUAUGAGCUUAACCCCUGGGUCGGGGACGACGAAAUGAAGCAUCCACGAGGCAUUUUGAACUACAUCCUUCAGCAACGGGAACAAGAAGCAAUAAGCUGGAGAAUUACCGGGAAUCUGGGCGGAGAAGACUACCAGGAUCGUGUCCGCGGGCCAUUAAACGAGGGUGGUAGCUUCGUUGAGAGAAAUGGCUUUCACCAGCCCGGACCACCGACUAAGGAGCGUUCAUGGAGUAAACGGAAUCCAAUUACAAAGGGCCUUUCUGGACCGGGCCUUGUAUAUUUCACCGCAUCCUUCGAUCUGAAACUCCCCCAAGGGUGGGAUGUGCCACUCUUUUUUUCAUUCGCCAACGAGACAGUUCCUACGCCAGCUUAUCGUGCGCAGUUGUUUGUCAACGGGUACAACUUUGGUCGUUACAUCAAUGAAGUGGGCCCCCAGAAGUCUUUUCAUGUACCUGAAGGUGUUUUGAAUCAUCAGGGCGAGAACUGGUUGGGAAUUCUCAUCUGGUGUCAAGAGCCAGACGAGGGUCGAGCCCAUUCUCAACCAGGAUGGAGUAAGAGAAAAAAUGCCUAUUAG